AUGGCUCAGAGACCUUCGCACAAGCGCGCCCAGAGCAUCAUGGCUGCCACCGCUCAGGACCACCUCGAAUUCGGAGGCAAGAUCUCGUGGCUUGCCUCCCUCAACACCGCCUACCGACCUCAGCGCAACUACCGCCGCUCCUCCAUCAUCUGCACCAUUGGCCCCAAGACCAACUCGGUCGAGGCCAUCAACAACCUCCGUGAUGCCGGUCUUAACGUCGUCCGCAUGAACUUUUCCCACGGAUCGUACGAGUACCACAAGUCGGUCAUCGAGCACGCCCGCGAGUCCGAGAAGACUCACGACGGUCGCAACGUCGCUAUUGCUCUUGAUACCAAGGGUCCCGAGAUCCGAACGGGAAACACCCCCAACGAUGAGGAUAUCCCCAUCUCUGUUGGUCACAUCAUGAACAUUACCACCGACGAUGCCUACGCCACCGCUUCCGAUGCCGAGAACAUGUACGUCGACUACAAGAACAUCACCAAGGUCAUUGAGCCUGGCCGUGUCAUCUACGUCGACGACGGUGUCCUCGCUUUUGAUGUUCUCAGCAUUGAGAAUGAGCAGACCAUCCGGGUCCAGGCCCGAAACAACGGCGCCAUCUGCUCCAAGAAGGGUGUCAACCUUCCCAACACCGAUGUCGACCUGCCCGCUCUUUCCGAGAAGGACAAGGCCGAUCUCCGAUUUGGUGUCGAGAACGGUGUCGACAUGGUCUUUGCCUCGUUCAUCCGCCGCGCCCAGGACAUCCGAGAUAUCCGUGAGGUUCUCGGUGACGAGGGCAAGAACAUCCAGAUCAUCUCCAAGAUUGAGAACCGACAGGGACUUAACAACUUCAAGGAGAUUCUCGAAGAGACUGACGGUGUCAUGGUUGCCCGUGGUGACCUUGGUAUCGAGAUUCCCGCCGCCGAGGUGUUUGCUGCCCAGAAGAAGCUCAUCGCCAUGUGCAACCUUGCUGGCAAGCCCGUCAUCUGCGCUACCCAGAUGCUCGAGUCCAUGAUCAAGAACCCCCGUCCCACUCGUGCCGAGAUCAGCGAUGUCGGUAACGCCAUCACUGACGGAGCUGACUGUGUCAUGCUUUCCGGCGAGACGGCCAAGGGUAGCUACCCCUCCGAGGCCGUCAAGGAGAUGCACGAGGCUUGUCUCAAGGCUGAGAACACCAUCCCCUACGUCUCCCACUUCGAGGAGCUGUGCACUCUGGUCAAGCGACCCGUCAGCACCGUCGAGUCCUGCGCCAUGGCUGCUGUCCGUGCCUCCCUGGACCUCGGUGCCGGUGGUAUCAUUGUCCUGUCGACCUCCGGAGAGUCGGCCCGCAUGCUGUCCAAGUACCGACCCGUGUGCCCCAUCUUCAUGGUGACGCGAACCCCCACAACUUCUCGAUUCGCGCAUCUGUACCGUGGCGUGUACCCCUUCCUGUUCCCCGAGGCCAAGCCUGACUUUUCGGAGGUCAACUGGCAGGAGGAUGUGGAUCGCCGCAUCAAGUGGGCCGUCAACAACGCCCUGCAGCUCAAGGUCCUGACCCCCGGCGACACCGUCGUGGUUGUUCAGGGCUGGAAGGGUGGUAUGGGUAACACCAACACCCUGCGUAUUGUCAAGGCCGACCCCGAGCACCUUGGCAUUGGCCAGCUCAACUAA